CCUGCUGCUAUGAUGAAACUGAACGUUUUUUUCCUAUUGAUAUCCUGCGCACUAUGUAUUUAUUAUGUAUCUGCUGAGUCUUGUGAGGGAUGUGAAAAGUUAAUAGAUCCAAAGAAUCCAGUUCUUUCUGAAAAAAUAGGUAAAUUUGUAUCUGAACAUAAUACCUUGUCAGAUGAAGAACCCAAACAAGAAAUUAUUAUAAUCAAUUCUACAGAGCAGGUUGUGAAAGGAAUAAAAUAUGUAAUAGAGUUCAAAGCUGUUGGAGUCAUCACUGGUAAACAUUAUAUUUGUUAUUGCUCUUGGUUUGAGCAGGAAUGGUUUAGCAAAGAACCGCAGUUGUUGGAAUAUAAAUGUUCACGUAUACACUAGAGAAGUCUCCAGAUUGAAGAAGUGAUGUUUCAUGAAAGACUGUUUACAGGUGUUUGUUGUCACAAUUUUGAUUUGACUAGUUUGAAGUUAAGUUAAAUAUAUUGAAUGAAACCAU